GGUUAAAAAAUCGAAAAGUUGUAUUAGCAGAACAUCGCAUCACGAUACGUUCUAUUGCUGAAGAAACAACGAUUUGAACAGGCAGUGUGCAUAAAAUUUUACAGGUAGACUUGCGCAUGAAAAAGUAUCCGCGCGUUAGGUACACCCAGAAUGCUUAAGGGCCAAUCAUUAAUUACGUAAGGAUGAUUUAGGUGAUUUUUGACACCCCCCCCCCCCCGCUCUCCCUCCCUCCACGUACUGGUACAUAAGAAUUCUCGAACUCCCCUCCUUCUUACGUAAGAUUCCAUCAUUUUAUUUAGAUUAGAUUAAUACGCCGGAAAAAUGUACUAAAAAUAUUAUUUAUAACAUUUAAUGUGCGUAAAAAUUAACAAUUUUCAGACUUUAAAAUUUUAAUAAACAAUACAAAAAUUUUAAAUAAGAUGUAAAUCGAAGUGUACGAGGGUGCGUUUUUAAUGGAAUUUGGGGUAAGGAGUGGAAAUAAAAAUCCAAAUUUAUUUUUCCUUUUCAAUUGAUCGAUGUUUUCAAUAUAAAAAGAACCCCUUUGUCGUAUCUCCUCAGUUUCAAGGUACUCCCCUUGUUGCCUCAGCCAGUAUCGGAAUCCUCGGCGUCGACAUAUCGAGUGACGUACAGUUUCGUGGUCACUUAGAAGAGAGGGCCAAAUUGGCCUCUAAAAAGCUUGGCGUGCUCAGCAGAGCGGGACGUAUUUCAUGCCAGCUCAACGCCAGCAACUUUACAAGGCGCAGGUUUGGCCUCACAUGGAAUACUGUUCCCAUCUCUGGGCAGGGGCUCCCCAGUGCCAGCUCCUUCCACUUGACCACAUCCAACGCAGAGCGGCUCGAAUCGUCGACGACCGAGUCCUUUUCGAUCGGCUCGACUCAUUGGCACUGCGAAGAGAUGUUGCAUCUCUUUGCAUUUUCUUUCGCAUUUACCAUGGGGAGUGCUCUGAGGGAUUGUUCGGAUUAAUCCCAGCCGCCAAAUUUCACGAACGCACAUCGCGGCAGAACUCCCGAUACCAUCCACACCAUCUGGAUGAUUGGCGGUCUACCACUGUGCGAUUUAGAAGAUGUUUUCUUCCUCGCACAACUUCCUUGUGGAAUAGUUUACCACCAGCGAUUUUUCCGGACCGAUACGACUUAGGGACCUUCAAAAAAAGAGCCUACUCCUUUUUAAAAGGCCGGCAACGCAUCUGCAAUUCCCCUGGUGAUACGGUUGUUCAUGGGCGGCGGUAGUCACUUACCAUCAGGUGAGUCGCAUGCUCGUUUGCCCCUUCUAUAAAAAGAAAAUAUUCACCUGCUACCCUAAAAUUUUUUUCGUAUCUUUCAAUUAAUUUAUGUAUACCCUCAAAAAAUUAUUUGUCUUUGUCUAAAAAAUACGCCGAAACUGCUUCCUUCACUUCUUCAUCACUUAAAAACAUUUUCCCACUAUUAUCUAUUUCCAUUUUGGAAAUAGUUAAUAAUGACUUGGGGCCAGGUCAGGAUUAUAGGGUGGGUGUGGCAAAAUUUCGAAACCCACCUUCUGCAGGGCAGCCAUCGCAACAUGGCACUUGUGAACAGGCGUGUUGUCCCCAUCUUUUCUCCUUUAUGGCUUCCUUCAAUUGUUCUAGGAUUGAAGCGUAGUAAUUUCCGGUUAUGGAGACACCUUUAUCUUUAUAAUUUAUCAAUAGGAUUCCUUCUGAGUCCCAAAAGACUGUCGCCAUGAUUUUCCCAGUUGAUUGUGCUACCUUAAAUUUCUUGGGUGGUGGUGUGCCUUUUUGUGCCACUGCAUAGAGUCCUGUUUGGAUUCAGGUUCAUAAAGGUGAACCCAAGUUUCGUCACCAGUAACAAUUUUCGAGCCAAUACUCCAUCUUUGUCUUCCAUACAGAGGUCCAAAAAUGCACGAGAACACUCCACGCGCUGUUGCUUUUGAGGCGGCGUGAGCAUUUUAGGCACCCAUCUUGCGCUGACUUUAGUCAUGCCAAGAUGGUCAUGAAGAAUUUUGAAAAUGGUUGUAUCUAAUACUCCAACGGUUUCUACGAGCUGUUUUUUCUUUAGGCGGGCAUCUUCUAAUAUUAAUUUUUAGAUUUUUUGAAUAAUUUCCGAAGUGGUCACCUCGAUCGGCCUUCCUGGCCGUGGGUCGUCUUCAAGUGACUCUCUGCCUUGUUUUAAAAGGGUAUGCCACUUGCAAACCAUAGUUUUACUUGGUCAAGAAUCUCCGUAAACGGAUGACAUCUCUUCCAGUAUAGUCUAAACUGAUUUUCCGCGCUUGGUAAGGAACUUUAUAAAGGCACGGAACUCGAUUUUCUCCAUAUUUCACAAUUUCUUCCCGAUUGAUUUGUUUGCUUGACGAUAACUCAAAGACUAAUGCUCUAAUUACAAUAAAACCCCGUAAUUUAUACUAAUAAUGAGUUGCUCAAUUAGCACGUAAUUCAGCGACGUCCCCACUUAUUACCUACCUACCCAUUCCGCGAACAAAACGCACCCUCGUAUGUUAUAGAAUGAUGAUCUAUUCGGCAUCCGAAAUGGAACUAGAUUUCUGAUAUUAAAUUUCGACUUACAAAAUAUUACGUAAGAAUGGGUUUUACCCCUCUAAGGUACCUUAUGUAAUUAAUGAAUGGCCCCUUACCGAUGCGCUCAAAUACAUCAGAUUAAAUACAAAAUCCAGAUCGUUUUUUUUUUAACUCGAUUGAUAGCAAUAGACGGUGUUUUUUUUAUAGAAUGAGGGUGACAAACGGGCACACAGUCCACCUGAUGGUAAGUGGUUGCUGUUGCUUUUUUAAAUCGGUAAAAAAUGGUAAGUAGGUAAAUUAUCUGAGUUUCAAAGACGUUCAUGUUGUUAUAAUCUUAAUUUUUCUCGACAUUACAUAUUAGCCUUCCUCACAUUGAACAAUAAUGUUCCCUCGGUGUAUUCUACUACCAACUAAUAUCAAAGGAUUCAAUUUGUUUUAUAACCUAACCCUACAGUAGGUGCGGCCUUAAAAAUACGCGUAACGGGCUAUGUGAUACAGACUCUCGCACGCGGACGUAAGGGGCAUUUUGAUUUAAUACGCGCGCCGCAUUAAUUUUGGCAUUUCAACGAUAUAAUCGGUAGGCUAAUUUGACGAAGGUCGUGUUCGAGGCGUACAAAGUAUUAUGAACAUUAGCGACGUUGUAACUAGGUUUAAACUCGCAAGUUUGCUAUCAGAGAGUGAUCCUUCUGUUCUUGUACUAUUAUUUAUUCUAUGCUAUUAGUGUAUAUGUAUCGAUACCCAAAAGUACUCGCUAUUUACUUGUAUCGUUUUCUGCCUACGUGUGUGUUCCCUUUACUCGAAAACCUUUUUUAUUCUACUACUAGAUUUUAUUUAGUGAUAAUUUAGAUAUAUUCAAAGACGUUAAAUACAUUCAUAGAAGCUAAACGUCACCCUCGCAAUGUCACAUUUGGCCGUAUAUACUACUACUAGUGUGUAGUGUAUCAUUUAUUUCCCUUCAGUGGGUGAGUAAUAGAUUUUUUCGACUAUAGACUACAGCACGGCUAGCAUGGGCUGAGGACAAAAUUUUUAUGCCCCGAUUAUAUCCACUGACAAGAGAUAAAAUUAUCAUGUCCCUAAGUCAAAGCACGGCAACGGGGGAAAGGAGAAGUGUAUCCCCGUUUGACAUAACGAGUAGACAUAUAUCCCCCGUCCGUAGCAUGGGGCCAAAUGAAGGAUAAAAAAUUAUGCUUUUUUGACAUUUGAAAAGGACAAUUUUAUCCUUGUUCAUUGGACGUGGGUUGAAGUUUAUAUUGAUACUAAAAAGAUGUCUUGAGUCUACUUCGCAUCAUUUUCGCGUCAGAAAUUGAAAAACAAGACAGAAAAUUACAUUGGCGAUCGAUACGUGAUCAGAGUAAUCCAUUUGAAUUCCCCGACAACGAAUUUAUGCGCCUUUUUCGGAUGCAUAAAGAAUGUGUUAUGUAUUUGUGUGAAGAACUCCAUGAAGUUUUAAACCCUAUUAAUGCUGUGGAUGACUACCAGCGCAUAUAAAAGUAAGCAUCUAUUACAAUCACCUUGUGCAAACAUAUCGUGUAUUUACAAUCAGUACAUAUGGCUAACAUAAUUUAAUAUUUUUCUAGGUAUUCACAUCUAUCAGACUCUUGGCAGAUAGUAGUUACCAGAGAGGUACGGGCCAAGACCAUGGAAUGGCUGUUGCUCAAACAACAGUUAGCUAAUACCUGGCUCAAGUUACUGGAGCUAUCGUUAGAAUACUAAUGCCAAAAUGGAUAUCAUUUCCGAGAGUAGAAUAAGAAAGGAAAAAUGUAGCCACAGGAUUCCUUGCGAAGCAUGGUUUGCCAGAUAUUCUUGGAGCUAUUGACUGUACCCAUGUCGAGAUAUAUUCCCCCCACCAUUCCCGACUGAGGUUCAGUACAAGAACUGAAAAGGGCGGUCUACAAUAAAUGUUCAACUGAAUUCCGAUGGAACAAUCAAUGGACAACUUAGAUGCAACAAGUGAAGAGAGCAAUCCUCUCAUCACAUCUUUGGAUCAUAUGACGCUGUUGACGAUUGCCCGACAAAAAGAAAAAGAUUAAUAAAUACAUACUUCAACU